AUGCCAAUACAGGUGUACUUUAAAGUCAGAUGUGAUACACAUUCAUCUCAAGAACUAAGAAUUGUUGGAGAUAUUCCAGCUUUAGGAAUGUGGAAUCCAUUUAACAGCCUGACUUUACAUACAAAUAAUGAAAUAUAUCCUUUUUGGGUAGGAUAUAUUUAUGAGGAACUAGAAUAAAGUAAAAUUUGAUUGAAAUUUGUAGAUACUUUGAUUCAAUUUAAAGCAGUUAUUAUUGAAAAUGAUGAGAUUAUAUGGGAAUAAAGCGAAAAUAGAGCUAUAUAAAUUAGAUACUAAUCAUAGAGUGUCUUAUUUACUUUUAGUGGCACAUUCACAUAGAUGGUUAAAAUCUAAUCAUAUCUUGAUUAGCCAUCUGAUUCAGAAUCAGAAUCAAUUGAUAUUAGUAUAUUGUUUUAUAUUAAUAAAUGUUAGAGGGAGCAAGGAAAAUCUAUCUCUAGACUUCUUAACAUCCUUAUGAUUAUGAGUUCGUGAGUUCAGUAAAAAUCCUAUUGUAAUUAGGACUCUAGUAAAGACAAGAGUGAAUAAUAAAGUUCUCAAAAAUCAAGUUUAAAUUCAAAGUCAUCUAGUUUAGAAUAAUUCGAUAACCAAGAAACUUUAUAAGAAAAAAUUGCUUAAAUUUCUAGUUUUAGAUUCUGA